AUGCAAAUUCAAGAAACAAAGUUAGACAACUUAGGCUCGACUUAUUGGGAACAUUAUUUUCCAAUAUGUGGCACGGGACGUUUUCAAUCUCCAAUCAAUAUUCAGAGUGAACAUUUAAUGUUUGAUAAAAAUUUACAACGAAUAGAAAUCAAUGCGGCUGGAAACGUGCGUGAACUUAGAAAUCAAUUUCCUUUAGUAUCCUAUUUGACAAUUUUCCCCAAAAAGAAUUCUAUUGUCUGUUUUCUAUUGAAGAUUCGGGGAAUACUGCGCAACGAUGGCCGAAAUUUGUUGAUUAUUUUUCCUCUGGAGCAUACAGCUGAUAUUACUAUCACAGGCGGUCCACUGCAUUAUUAUUAUCAACCAGUUGAAUUAUAUAUUCGAUUAGCACCAUCUGGAAGUGGACGAGGAAGUGAACAUCAAAUUAAUAAUCUUUCAUUCAACGGAGAAAUCCAGUUGGUAGCAUUCAAUAAAGAUUUAUAUAAAAAUUAUACUCAAGCACAAACGUCGCCAAAGGGUAUAGCCAUACUGUCAUCUAUGUUAAUGAGCGGUGGCGAUUCAUCUGCUGAUCUUAGACAAAUACUUCAUCAAUCAGAAAUGUUAAAUCAUACUCGAAAACAAUCAUCGACAAAUUCUGAUAUUGACAUUGAUAAUAUUAAUUUAAAAAGUUUAAUUGCUUAUUCUGAAGAGUAUUUAACAUAUGAGGGUUCUCUAUCAUGGCCGGGAUGUUAUGAAAGUGUGACAUGGAUUAUUUUCAAUCAGUACCAACUCAUAUUGAAUACAUACUUACAAACACUAUUUGAUACUCUAAGAUUUGUCAGUAAUCAUCGAAUUAAUACACGUACUAGUUUUGGACGAAAUGUACGAACAAAUAUUGGUUCAAAACGAUGGUUUCCUAAAAAUGAAGAUGGUUCAAAUUUCACACAAUCUACAUCCUCAACAUGUGUACCACUCAAUAAUUUAUUACAUUUUCAAGUUGAUUCAAACAUAGGCGGAGAUGCUGAUCAAUGGGAAGAAUGUUACGAUCUGGAAUUUUUCGAGUUGAUGCCUACCCUAAAUGCGACUGAAAAGGAUUUUAUGAUGGAUGUGUUUGAUUUAACUCAACAUUUACAAGUUCGAUUAGUCUUGAAUCCAUUCACAAAAAAAUUUAUUGACUCCGAUCUUGCUGUUACAUUAGGCAUAUUAUGCAAUGGUUAUUAUAGAAAUCAAUAUGGCGGCUUAAUUCCUUUACACAUAGCGGCGGGUAAAGGUCUUGUUCAAUUCUCAGUGAAUGAUGAAACUGACAGAGAAGAAAUGGAAAUCGAAUACUAUCCCAUCGAAAAGGAAGAUCAUUCUCAAUCAAUGAUGGCAACACUUGUCAUCCGUUCCGUCUAUGAUAAUCGAAAAAAUAAAACAAUGAUUUCCGUGAAGCAAGCUCUGUCUCAAGCGUUAAUUGAUACUGAUACAUUUUUAUAUCGUUUGACAGACACUAUUUCACUUCCAUUACAUGCAGCUCUGUAUCAAGGAUAUAUUCUGGGAGAAUUUCGGACAACAACACAGCCAAAUAGGCCAUCUGUGACUACGACUAUUGAUCAAGGCAAUUGUUCGAAAACUUUAGUAGAAAAAGAUACAUUAUUUCAACAAAAUAGUUCAAAAUUGAUAUCUUCCUCAAGUAUUUCAUCAAUUCAAUCACCAAUAAUUCCUUCUGUUAAUGAAAUGACUGUUUUUGAUGAAUUACUGAAAACAAUGAAUUCGAUCGUGUAUAGUUUAGAUGAAUUUUGUCAAAUGGUUUGCAUUACACCUUAUUGCGAAUUAGAUUCGACAGGUUAUAUUAAAAACAACGAAACUGGCUCUUAUCAUUUAUUAUCAGACGCCAUUGAUCUUGGUCUCGUUACCUUGAAGCAUAUUCCUGAUACUGAUUAUAUUUCUGAACGACAAAUCUACAACGAAAAAAAAAAUGACUAUCAGCACUCUACAUUUGAACAUGUUGAUCAAGAUGUGAACAUUUUAUCAAUGAAUGAUACACAACAAUUUUCAAUCAAAACUUGUCCGUUUUUUUCGGAUAGUUUUGUUUCGGAUUUACUUGAUCAAUCGGACUCUCAGUUUUAUGUUAAUAAUCACGAAACACAUUUCACUGAAUCAACAUCAAAAUGUUCAGAAGUUUGGAGAAAUUAUCCAUCAUUAUCGAUGCGAUGGGUGAAGCAUCCUACAAGAUCUAUGGGGUCCGCUGUUGGAAUUUUAAAAGUUGGCCACAAACAUUUGUACGUUUAUGAUUUAAAUGGUCAAGUUCAUGAACGCACGCCACUCUGUGUACUUGAUUUUUAUGUUCAUGAAUCAAAACAACGUUGUGGUUAUGGAAAGAAGUUGUUUGAUGAAAUGUUACAAUUUGAAAAAUGUAAAGUAAGAGAUCUGGCUAUCGAUCGUCCUUCAUCAAAAUGUUUGGGAUUUUUACAAAAACACUUUAAUUUAACUGCACCAAUACACCAAGUCAACAAUUUUGUUGUAUUUCACGGAUUUUUCGACAAUAAACAUCCGAAUGAACCUCAUACAACAUCUUCGAAACGAAGUCAAAAUCUGGGAUAUCGUACGCAAAACAUUGACAACAGCACUCAUCUCAAUUCUAAAAAGUGGCUUAAUAAUUUUGAACAACGACCAACAUCUGAACAAAUCGAUACAAGACAUCUUAAUACAAGAUCAUUAUUCAAUGAAAAUAUAUUUGACAAUAAUAAGUUGCCAACGUCGAUGCGCCAAGCGACAACAAUUGGCUACUUUGUUGUUUUUCUAUUUUUAAGCCCCUUCCCUAGUCUACGACGAUAUAAUACAAAUCCUGUAAUACCAUUGACAAAUAACAAUAACACUUCAUUGAUAUCGGCAACAUUCAAUGAUUCUUCUCGUUCUCGAAAAUUGACUGAUAUAUUACCGGUGUCUCGAGAAGCGAAAGACUACUCAAAUAAUAAUUUGUCAAAACCUUAUAAAACACAGUCUGCUGUGCCAUUGACAUCAAUGUACACAUUUCCAUCGUUAAUAAAUAAUAAUUGGCAGCGAGAUGCAUCUUGGAGAGGAUUCGGUGGAUCAACAACAACAACAACAACUCCUGCAGUCAAUCUAACACGAUGGUAA